CACAUUUAGAGCACAAACCACAGCUGCAGCCCUCAUGCUGCACUCCUCCUAUUGCAUUGUCCACGCCGUCAUAUUAUUUUCUAUUAAAUAUGAUUCAAUGGGGAAAUACAGGUGGAUGGCUCAUAUUCAUCCUGACUACUUUUAAUCCAGCAGGUGUCCACCUCCUGGGCAGCGGCGGCUCGGUCCAGCCGUCCUCUGACGCUGCGCUGCCCUCUCAGGCAGGCAGAGGCCGGCCGCUGUGGCAGCGCGCCGAGGCAGCUCCUGCAAUAGGGACGUACAUGCUGAACAACCCUGCUGGGAAACCUUGUAUCAAGGCAACCAUGGGAGCGGAGUACAUUGUCAAUGAAAAGAGGGAUACGUGGUAUUUCAACCUGGACCCCUCCAGGGUCGAUACCAGCGGUGACUGCGGCAAAGACGCCGCUGUUCUCCGUCUCACGCUGCCAGACAAUGCUGCCAGUCUACAGUUCACCUUCCGAAAGGAUAAGAAUUUGUUCUACGUGGACAAGCUGGUUGCUCAUGUGUCUCCUCCACCGGGCUGCCAAGGACGUGCAAACAAGACUUACUCGGGUUCGUUGGCUCAUGAAAAGCUGUUUGCAGCAGGAGACGGACAGAGCUUCCACUGCCGACACGAGCAAGUGCUCCGGGUGUCGUCUGAGCUGAGGAUCAAGCUGCUUCCUCUGCAGGUGCAGGCGUUCACUCUGCCCGAAGGACAGUACGGAGCAGAGGUGGAGUGUUGGUCCGACUUUUACAGACGAGUUAUUCCCGUCACCGUAGGGGCCACAUUGGUGGGUCUUGUUCUGAUUGCUGUGCUGACCUCCCUGUUCAUCAGAGACCGCCGCGCAGGCGGAUAUGUCAGGCUGUGAAACUGGAUGGAGAUACACUCAAUCUGAUUUCACACUUUCACACUGCUCUCCUGAACUUGAAAUUAAUUAAUUGUUCCUGGGAUACUUCAAAUAAUACUCAAAAACAGUUAUGAUGUCUAAUAAUGUAACUAUGACUGCAAAAAUUGCAUUACAUUGGAUUGACUAUUGACUUUUUUUGAUGUUUCACAAAUAUGUUCUAUCUUCAAUACUGCUUGUGAUGAAAUAUUUUCUGUUUGAUGAAGAGAGGUGGGCCAACAAUUUAUCGUAGAACAUUUGACUCAUUAUAGAACAUCAAUGAAACAUACUAUUGUUAACUAGAUCACCCUGAAUCAAAGGGAGAACUAUACAAUUAAGAUUUACGGCUUCAUUACUUGAGUAGCUGUCAGCCAUGGUGGGCUAUAUUGAACAAUAAGACGUUUCCUUUAAUAAAAUACAUGUUUUAAUGUACAAAGGUAACACAUAGCUCAAACAUACAUUAGUUUCACCAAUGUGAAUUUUGUUAUUUCCGUGACUUUUUCUCUCACAAUUUCUUCUUUGCUUCACAGUCAAUUUUUCUUAUUAAAAUAAAACGAAAUUCUUAUUAUUCUGAA